GAAGUCCUUUGCAUGAGGCCUUGCAAGAAAAAGGGGAAAGAUGCUGCAGGGGACUGUGAAUUCCACAAGCAGCCCCCGUCUCCACAAGGCUGGUACAUGCCAGGCGUGCAGGCUUGCUUCCAAACCGACAUAAGAAGGAAGGAAAUGAUCUGAGCUCUGAAGAACACCUGAGGCCAAAGAAUCAAGGGAUUGUCACAUCGCCACCAGCCUGAACAGUGCCCUGCUAGGAUCUUUGACCAAAUGCAUCAGCAGGUUUCCAGUAAUUUCCCUGCAAGGAGUGUCACCCCGUUGGGCAAACAGCUGUGUUAGAAGACCUUCCUGGGCCUGUGGAUUUCCACGGUGAGAAGCCUCUGCCAUGCGCGUAGCCGUGAUCGGAGCUGGGGUGAUUGGACUGUCCACGGCCCUUUGCAUCCACGAUCGAUACCACUCUGCAGAUCAGCCACUGCAGAUAGAGGUCUACGCUGAUGAAUACACCCCUCGUACGACCAGCGAUGGGGCAGCAGGCCUUUGGCAGCCCUACCUGUAUGACAAAGGAAACGCUCAAGAAACGAUCUGGAACAAAGAGUCUUUCGAUUAUCUACUGCAACACGUUAAUUCCCCAGAAGCCAAGGAAAUGGGGCUGUUUCUAAUCUCCGGAUACAAUCUCUUCACCCAACCAGCGCCUGAUCCGUCUUGGAAACACAUUGUCUUGGGAUUUAGGAACUUGUCCCAGAAGGAGCUUGAGCUGUUCCCAGGCUACAGCUACGGUUGGUUUAACACGGCCUUGAUGUUGGAGGGCAAAAGCUAUCUAACCUGGCUUAUAAACCAGUUAACUUCACGGAGGGUCCAGUUCUUCAAUCAGAAAAUCAAGUCCUUCGAGGAGCUGACAGCUCAGGGUGUGGACGUGAUUGUCAAUUGUACUGGGGUUCGUGCUGGGGAGCUACAGCCUGACCCUGAGCUGCGCCCAGCCCGAGGACAGAUCAUCAAGGUUGAAGCCCCCUGGGUGAAGCACUUCAUCAUCACCCAUAACCUUGAAGCUGGGAUGUACAAGGAGCCCUACAUCAUACCCGGGAGCCGUGCAGUGACAUUGGGGGGUACCUUUCAGCUGGGGAACUGGAGUACAAAGAACAGUCCACAAGACCACAGGAACAUUUGGGAAGGAUGUUGCAGGUUGAUUCCCAGCCUCCAGAAAGCCACGAUACUAGAAGAAUGGACCGGUUUACGUCCAGCGCGCUCUAAAGUUCGGUUGGAACACGAGACUGUUCGCCAUGGAACGCUCCAAUCUGAGGUGAUUCACAACUACGGCCAUGGUGGUUUUGGGCUCACCAUUCACUGGGGGUGUGCCAUGGAAGCAGCCAAAAUAUUUGGGAAGAUCCUAGAAGGCCAGAAGUUGACCAAGCCACCUAGGGCCAACCUUUGAGCAGGUGGCAAAAAUUUAGGAAACUUUUCUAUGUACAUCUAUUUUUCUUCCUUCCAUCUUGCAAAGAGGAGCUAAUCUUGCAGAACUUGGGAAUCCAACUCCUGUUCUUAAGAGUAUUUAACUGGGGUCCUCACUAAAGAACCUUGGCUGCAUAUGCAGAGUAAAUACAACUGCCAUUUGGGGGUGUUGAGGUGUUCCAAGACUAGACUGAAAAAGAUUUGUGGAGCUAUUCCAUCUUUUCUUUCAUCUUGAUUUGGGUUUUUUGGUACAAAAAAUGUCAGAAAUGGUGAUGUGAAAACAUGGGGAGUUGCAAAUGGAAAAUUUGGAACAUCAAUUGCCCAGAUUCCUAAGAGAUAUACCUCAAGGUUUUUUCACAGAUUAUUCAUAGGGAGGAGAUGAGCCAAUGUGUUCAAGCAGAGGGCAAACAACCAUCUGAAAACGCUUCCACCUUUUCUUCUCAAAUGACAAAUACAUCUGCUUCUCCAUUCACAUACUCUUUGCUUCUGGUUUCUAGUGGAAUUGUCCUCUAUUAAAACUUGUCAAAAUAUCAUGCAA